AUGGACGAAGCAAAAGAAGAUGAGAAAGAAUCAAAAACUCCUAAAAUAAUAAGUUCAAAUAAAAUCAAAGAAAUAGAUAUGAUUGAAUUAGAAGUGUACAUUGGGGUGAUAAUUGCGAUGGGAAUUGAUAGGAAACCAAAUUAUCAUAUGCAUUGGAAUACCCAUGGAUUAUGAAAGAGUAGUCUUAUAUCAAAGGCCUUAGGACUCAAAAGAUUUAUAAAUAUUGGAAGUAUUUUUCAUCUUUCUGAUCCUUUCUACUCAUCAAACUCACAAGAUAAACUAGAAAAAUUGAAUCCACUAAUGAGCCAAAUCGAAGCAAAAUCUCAACAAUAUUAUCUUCUAGGGCAAAGCAUAGCGAUUGACGAAUCUAUGAUUGGUUUCCAUAAACAGUAUCUUCCAAUGAAACCAACUAAAUGAGGAUUCAAAAAUUUUGUCUUAGCAGGUUCAAGCAACGGUUAUGUUUAUAGAUUCAUUAUUUACCCAGGGAAAAAUGAAUCUUCUGAAUUCUCUCCUGAAAACGUUUGCUUGAGGACUAGAAAAUCAAAAUUUUCAUCUUUAUAUAGAUAA